UCCUCAGCAAGAUGGCUGCAUUGCUGCGCGCAACAGUGGCAUCCUGGUGAAAUGACGCAAGCCACGGUUUACGUUCAGUCCUCGAGGCUCUGAGCUCUCGAGUCUCCAUAGCGCAGAUCCCGCCCGACACACAGCCGGAAGAACCCGACCGGCUAUCCUCCAGUGGACCGAGCGGAACCGGUUCAUCUGAGUGAGAGUGCGAUGAGGAGAGGUUUCAGAGUGUGAGGCCAUGGGCUGCACCUCGGCCAAGCAGGUGUCGGCCGUGCCCAACGAUGAGGAGGGACGCGGCAAGGCCUACAGCAACGGAGACCUCUUCACGGAUGAAUACAAGAUGAAAGGAGUGGAGGAGGUGAAGUACAUGAGGGGGGAUGAAAACCGGGUGAAUGCACGCAACCAGGAGAACCUGGAGAAGAGUAAUGUACAGUACAGGGGCAAACAGCAGAAAGAGGUCGCCUCAGCAAACAUCAAGUCUAAUAUUCACACGUCAGAGAGCCAGCAGGAAUUUUUCAGAAUGCUGGAUGAGAAGAUUGAGAAGGGGAGAGACUACUGUUCGGAGGAGGAGGAGGAAGAUGGGACAUAGCACAGAGGCCCCCAGGAUUCACCCCCACAGAGAGCCGCACAGUGUGUGUAUGUGUGUGUGUGCACGCAUGUGUGUGUGUGUGCCUGAGAGAGUGAAUGAGAGAGAGCUGAAUCAGUGUUUUACCAGUAGGAUUGUUUAUGUGAUGGGACACUAUGUGUUGGUAUGAGCAUGUGUGUGUUUUAUGAAGAUAUAGCAAAGAUAGUAUUUUAAUCGCAAGUGAAAGAGUGGGGGAUAAAUGAAUGAAAGAGAGAAUGGGAUAAAGAAAACUUUCUUCAGAGGCUACAGCCCUCCUCUCUUAGCGCCUCGACCCUUUAGGCCCCUGACCGGACAGAUGGAGGUGGCAGAGGACCGAAGGGAUAGACAGAUGAACGACAAGACGGAGAUAUGGAGGAGGAUGUGAUGGUGGAUGGGCACACACGUUGACAUGAACAGAGAGAAAGACUUGCCACUGUCGGGUCAAACAGAGUUAUUUCCUCAAGCGGGACAACAGCAGCUCUUCGGCCCUCCAUCUGUCCCUCCAUAUCUGUCCGUCUUACCCUCCGUGGUCCGAUCCUGAAUAUUUAACCCUUGCAGUUGGACAGAGGAACUCCAAAUAUGGAGGCCAAGGGAGAAUAAACAUUGACUCUGUGGGUGUGUGGAGAACCGAGAGACACACAAGUGGUGAAGAAAGGAAACCCAGGGAGGAGAAGAUGCUGAAGGCAGAGGAGUUAUGUAACGCCGCCAGGAUCAACAUUGAACUUUUUGGUCUGCCUACCUACAGCCAGGCCGGCCUGGGCCACGAGGGACUGAGAGAAUGGGUGAGGGAGGGUGAAGGAAGGUGGAGAAGAAAGAGGGAAAAAUAUGGGAUAUUUUAAUAAGAGAGAGUAGGGAGCAAGCUGGUGAUUUAGAAACUCUAAACUCCUCCUGCCUUCUGAAGUCAAGGACCUUUUUUUUUUUUUUUUUUCUUAAUUCUACUCCGCAGCCACUCAUUCAGUUACUUUUUACCCUUUUCUGAUGUUCUUUUCUUCAGUUUGUUUGACUCUUGGCUUCCUUAGUGUAUCAUCAUCAUCUUCAGUGACAUUAUCAUCUUCCUCAUCACCACAGCAGGCAGAGUGAAGCUGCAUUAAUCAGAGCAUCUGUGUCUCAACCCAAUCCAUCCUCCUUUAAUAACCAUAACACACGGGAUCCUGACUGUCACAUACAUACAUGGAGUCUUUUAUUGUACAUAUGGUAACACACACUCUUUCCAACACACCUCUACAUGUACAUAAAACAACCACACAUCCACACACACCUUGUUGUGUUUAAUUUCACCAGAAGACAUCAUGCGCAUCGAUCAGAGGUAUUCUGCAAAGCUCUGCUCUCUAUUUCUGCUUUGUUUCAGUGUUCUUGCUCUCUCUCUCUCUCUCUCUCUCUCUCUCUCACACACACACGCACAUAAACACUCGGGCACUGAAGCAGCAAACCGGGCUGAUCUCAAGGUGAGGAUGUGUGGUUGCCGUGGAGACACAGACCUGAUCACAUUUUUGAUUUGUUUUUUUGUUUUUUUUUGGUCAUCUUUACUGGAUACUUCCUGUUGUAUUAUUUUGAAUACUUUUUUUCUAUUAAAAAUAAAAACGCAGAAGCUCUAAA